GGCACUGGGUAGAUGGGCACACAACGCUGGCUGUGGCACCAGUAGUGGCGAGUGUGUGAGUGCGUGCGGAAGGUGGCACCCUGGCGCCGUCUGUUCUCUCCUCCUCCUCCUCUUCAGAACCACCACUCACGCAGCGCGCGCAACUCUCAGCUGCAAGCUCCUGAAGGUCACGGACGUCACGUGACCCUUCAAGAUGUCGCCGGGAAUCUUCAGAUCCGCCUUGGUGACGGGAGUGCUGCUCGCCGCGUCUCUCCUGGUGCUGUACCCCGUCUGCGGUGAAAAUCCCUCAUACUCGGAAUGUAGACCCCACAUUGACGCCACUAUCCGGGACCUCGCGGCUAAAGCCAUCAUCGCUGGAGAAACGCCUUCGGACAAUCUGCAACACACUGACCAUGUGGAAGCAGAGAAGCCCGAGGAGGCUCCAGUCCCGGCCGAAGUUUCUCCCCCCCCGCAACCCGAGGUGCCCAAAGAACCGCCGGCCGCCGUACAGCCUGAGCCAGUCGUACCGGAACCUGAACCCGAACCGCCGAAGCCAGCAGCCGAAGCGCCAGCGCCGCCACCCGCGCCCGCCGCUCCAGCCGUCCCUGUGCCUCCAGUGGAAGUUCCAGUUUCUGCCCCGGAACCGGCGAAGCCAGUGGAAGUCCCGCCCGCGCCCGUCGCCAGCCCGCCGCCACAGCCCGCCGCCCCACCUGCCCAGCCUGCCGUCCCUGCACCGCCUCCACCGAAACCAGCUGUUGCAGAACUUGGUGUCAUCAACAAGUUAGUCGGCGUAAUCUUUGGCCUACCCAAGGGAGAGAGGGCUCCCAAGUGGGCGGAGCCUUGGCAAACGCACCCAGAACAUGCCAAGAAGCCAGUUCAGAAAGCUCCGGAAGUAGAACAGGGACCUGUUGGACCUUCGGGAGGAAUCAUCGACACAUUUGUUAGACUGAUCUUCCCGACUGCUCCUGAAGCAACAAAGCGUGAUCCCAAGUGGGCCCAACCCUGGCAGACACACCCUGAACAUGCCAAAAAGAAGGUAGAAGUAGCAGAACAACCUAAGGAAGAUAAGCCUGUAGGUUCUUCUGGAGGGAUCAUUGAUAAGUUUGUCAAACUCAUCUUCCAUACUGUCCCUGAAGGCACAGUUCGAGACCCAAAAUGGGCCCAACCCUUGGCAGACACACCCUGAACAUGCCAAAAAGAAGGUAGAAGUGAAGGCAGAAGAAUCUACGGAAGAAAAGCCUGUAGGUUCUUCUGGAGGGAUCAUUGAUAAGUUUGUCAAACUCAUCUUCCAUACUGUCCCUGAAGGCACAGUUCGAGACCCAAAAUGGGCCCAACCCUGGCAGACACAUCCUGAACAUGCCAAAAAGAAGGUAGAAGUGAAGGCAGAAGAAUCUAAGGAAGAAAAGCCUGUAGGUCCUUCUGGAGGAAUUAUUGACAAGUUUGUCAAGCUGAUCUUCCCGACUGUGCCUGAAGGAACAGUUCGAGACCCAAAAUGGGCUAAACCUUGGCAGACUCACCCUGAGCACGCGAAAAAGGUAGUGGUGGUUGUAGAACCAGAGGAGAAGGGACCAGUUGGCGCAUCUGGAGGUAUUAUUGAC